ACAAAGCUCAUGCGCAAAUCGGCCAUCGCCGAACAGUUUGUUUAUGUCAGUUCUAUUUCUGUCUGUGUAACAGCGUAUUAUCUAUUUUAUCAAUGAGUGAAUAAAACAAGCGAGAGACGACGUAAAAAGAAAGGAAGAAGCAAUUUCCCGAAAGGAGCAAAGCUGCAGGGAAACACAGACGGAAUUUGAACGACGACGGAGAAAGCCUUUAGUAGUCUCUUCAGCUGAGCGACCAGACGAAAGAGAGAGAGAACAUAUACGCACACACACACACACACGGCUCGUCGUACGGGUGUCAAGAGCGAAUCGUCGAAUGUUUUGUUGUUGGUCCGAUAACGGGGACUCAAAUAAAGGUCCGAUGGCUACGAUCCGUAAAAAAUUGGUGAUCGUCGGCGAUGGUGCGUGCGGAAAGACUUGUUUGUUGAUCGUGUUCAGUAAGGAUCAGUUCCCCGAGGUUUACGUGCCGACCGUAUUCGAGAACUAUGUGGCCGACAUCGAGGUGGACGGCAAGCAAGUGGAGUUGGCCCUCUGGGAUACUGCGGGCCAAGAGGACUACGACCGUCUGAGACCGCUGUCCUAUCCAGAUACCGACGUGAUCCUGAUGUGCUUCUCGGUGGAUUCGCCCGACUCCCUCGAGAACAUCCCCGAGAAGUGGACUCCGGAGGUGAAGCACUUCUGCCCGAACGUGCCCAUCAUUCUUGUGGGCAACAAAAAGGAUCUCCGCAACGACCCGGUCACCAUCAAGGAGCUGAACAAGAUGAAGCAGGAACCGGUGAAACCGCAGGAUGGUCGCUCCAUGGCCGAGAAGAUAAACGCUUUCGCCUACUUGGAGUGCUCUGCCAAGAGCAAGGAGGGUGUUCGUGAGGUCUUCGAAACUGCCACCCGUGCAGCUCUGCAGGUUAAAAAGAAGAAGAGGCGUGCAUGUGUCUUAUUCUGAGCUAACGCACCUUAUAUUAUAUACAUCUAUAUAUAUAUAUAUAUUUUAUAUUAUCCUUAUCAUUACUGUGUGUUUUACGGGGUCUUCAAGAAACAAACAAACAAAAAACCAGUUAAAAAAAAAACUAAAAAAAAAUAAAGUUGUAGAGCUAACAUAAAAAUAAUAAACCCCACCAAUUUCAAAUUAUUUUCGCUUGUUUUCCCCCAUAUUUCCUCUACUUCAGUUUUAAGUGGACAUCCAUUGUUCAACUAAUCAUAUAUAUAUAUACACCCGAAACAUAUUCACAAUGAUUACUUGAACAAUCUUCGAAAACAAACAUAAACCAAACAAGUGUUCUAUCACAACUUAUUUAUUGUUAUAACUGCACCAAACAAAAAAAUAAAUAUAUAUAAAAAUGUGAUUUUUUCCAAGGAUGCAAUAGAGAAUUGGAUUGGAAUUGAAUCCCUCCCAACAUUUUCAUACUACUAUAAGAGAUUAAAAUAAAAAUAAAAACUUGUUAAUUAAUUGAUAAUGUGUCAGUGACUUUUGUAAAUAAAAUAUUCGAAAUUAGUUGAUACAAAAGAAAAGAUAAACUAGUAACAUUUAUAAGAAAACCAUUUUUAUUGCAUCCAUUCCAAGAAACGCAAUCAUCGUGUCACCUCUUGACAGUGAUGAUACAAAAAAAAAAUAGUUUUCUUUACCACUUUUUUUUUAAUUCUCAGAGACAUUGAUGAUGACUAAGACCUCUCAAGGUUUCGCAAUUUCUUAUUCAUAUUUACGUAAU